AUGUCCAUACCAAAAAACUGGCCCCCUUCGCUCCCUUAUUUCAAAGCGCCCCAACACGGCAAAGACUUGACACCCGCCCAGCUCCAAUUCCUCCGCACAAGACCCGUUAUCGCCACCACUCAUUCAUCUCAAUUCCAGGAUAACGACAACGACGACCCCCUACCCAUCAUCCCAGCCUCACACCCCGCAACGUCAACCCCCUGCCCGCUCGUCAAGAUCCUCCCCAUCAGCGACCCCGCGCACCCAGCCCACGGCCAGUUCGGGCUCUUCGCGGCGACAGACAUCACCCCCGGAGCGCUCAUCGUGGCGUACCUCGGCAGGCUGCACGGCAGGGGCGCGACGAGCGAGGAGAGCGACUAUGACAUUUGGCUGGAGAGGGAGGCGGACGUUGCGGUGGAUGCGGCGCGGGGGGGCAACGAGGGGAGGUUUGUGAAUGACUAUCGGGGCGUUCCUAAGAUGGUCAAGGGGAGGCCGAAUGCGAGGUUUGGGAAUGCGUUUUGUGAGAGGUGGGGGGAGGUUUGUGUGUGCGUUUGGGCGGUUGGGGGAGGAGGAGGAGGAGGAGGAGGCAUGAGGGAUAAUGCUUCUGCCGGCGGCGGUGGGAAGAAGAAGAACAAGAAAAAGGGGGGCGAGGGGGGGAUUCGGAAGGGGGAGGAGAUUCUUGUGAGUUAUGGAAAGGGCUUUUGGGAGGAGAGGAGGAGGGAAGGCGGUGAUGGAUGUGCUGAUGAUGAA